AUACAUAUAUGUGUAUGAAUAUAUGCAUCUAAUUAAAAGUUUGGAUCCACAUAGUGUUGUUCAGAAGUCUGAAUAUAUGUUAUAUGUAUACAUAUAAGUCAUUAUUUGUUAGAUAAUGUGGUUUCGUUAAGUUGGUACUAAAACUAAAAUUUAGACAAAUACAUAUACAUUAUCGUUGCCUAACAAAACCCAAUUGUGAAAAUAUCAAUAAUCUAUCCUAUCACAACAGCUAACUUCGUUUUUUUAGCUGGAUAAUGGUUAAUCAAAGUUAUAAUUCAUCAGCAAAAGGACACUUAAGACAAAUAAUUAAUGUCAUAAAAGAUGAUGAUUUAAAUACAUUCAUUAAUGUUACAAGAUCAGUGAAUAUUUUUACAACAUUUGACUUCGAAACAACUGAAGAUACGUUAGUACGUCAAACAGGAGCAGUAAAAAUUACUGUAAUGUCAGCGGCAACAUUUCUUCACGUAGCUGCAUGGUACUCAGCACAUGAAAUAAUUGAUGAUAUUUUAAAACGACAUUCAGAGUCACUGAUUGAAAAGAAAACAGUAGAAGGUUUCACUCCAUUGCAUAUUUCUGCUGGAGUUGGUGAUUUUGUGGCAGUCGAAAGAUUAUGUAAAGCUGGAGCCAAUCCUGAAACCACAGAUACAAAUGGUAGAAAUGCAUUACACCAUGGUGUGGUUGGUGAUCCGGAGACUGCUGUUGUUCUUUGUUGUGUUAAUAAAAAAUUAGUCAUUGCUGCAGAUUCUAAAUUUCAAACUCCUGUUCAUUAUGCUUUGGAUCCGACCCGUUCAGCAUGUCAUAAGUUUUUGGCUGCAUUAUAUCAUGACGUUAUGAAAUCGAGUAGAGAGAGUUUUAAUGAAUUGUCAGAGAAUGAUAAGAACUUAUCAUUUACAUGGAUUCCUUUAAAUAUCAAAGCCCCUGUUUGUGUAAAACCGUCAACAAAUCCUGCUUCUCCUGAUUUAUGUGUAUGUAAUACACCAUUAACUGAACAUCAAGAAAUAACAAAAAAUCCUCAAUUUCUUAAAUCAUUAAGAAAUGGUAAAAUAAAAUAUUAUGAUUUACCAACAAAAACAUUCGGUGAUAUUGAAUUACCUACAGGUGCUUAUUCUCCAAAUUUCAUUCGAGUUUCGGACCAAACAGAUCCAGAAAAUAUGAUGCAUAUUUUCACUAAAAUUUGGAAUUUAUCACGUCCUCAAUUAGUAUUGAGUUUCUAUGGUGAUUAUACUGAUUCUAAGGUUAUUCGUGAGAAAAUACGACGUUUAAUUUGGAAAGCUAGCGAAUCUACAAAAACAUGGGUUAUCACUGAUGGCACCAAACGUGGUCUUUCAGGAAUAGCUAGUGGCGCCGUAAAAGAUUUUAUUCAAGCUUAUGGAGAAGGUCAAGUUGAAGCCAUUGGUAUAACACCUUGGAAAUUUAUAUCAGACAACAAAAUAUUUGUACCUGACGAUUAUUCCGGACUUUCCUCAGUAACAUUCUCUUCAACUGCAACAGAUAACAACAAACACUUUGUUUUGGAUCCAAAUCUCACUCAAUACAUUUUUGUAGAUACAACCAAACAACUCGUACCCCAUUACGAAUAUAACUUUAGGUCUUCAAUAGAAUUAAUCCUCAAAAAGUGGAAGUUAAUUCAAGAUGAUUCAUCACAAAUCUUGGCAGAAGCUCCAAUCCAAGUAUGUGCAUUUCUUUCCGGUGGAGACGAAUCAACACUUAAGGCAAUAUAUGGAACAAUGAAAAAUACGAUUCCUGUUGUACUUCUUAAAGAAACGGGCAGAUUAGCAGAUAUUAUAAUUCAAUGUAUUGAAGACACUGAACUUGGGUUUAAAGCUACAUAUAAAAAAUCAAUCAGCGAAGGGUCAACUGGAACGGAAACAUUUCAAUUAUCACCUGGAAAUAUUAAGCAAACUAUGGAAUAUUAUUGGGAUAAAAUUACACAUCCAGAAUUAUCCGUAUUGAUGAUUCAAGAAAUUUUAGAGGAAACCUAUUUAUUUAGUAUCUGUGAAGCAGAAAGUGAAGAUGAACAUGGUGAAUUAGAUUAUCAUCUUUUAUCUUUAAUAAUGAAUCCUUCCAUAAAGGAGAAUGAAAAACCAGAUGAACUUAACGAAACUCUUCUUUCUAUUGCUAUUGCUCUAAAUCGAAGUGAUAUUGCUAGAGAUAAAGUAUUUAUGGAAGGAGUGAAGUGGGAUAAUUCUAAAUUAGUGAAACAUAUGAAUGCAUUGUUAUUAUCAAAUAAAGUACAAUUUAUUUGUGUAUUUAUUGAGAAAGGAUUUUUAUUAUCUAAUUAUUUAACUGCUGAAAGACUUCAAUUACUGUAUACACAAUCUAUUCAUUCAGAUCAUCCAGGAGAAGCUCUGAUUAAUGUGAUUCGUGCAUUUGUUAAAAUACCAGAUCAGAUUAGUCUUUAUUUGAUCGGUCGUGCACUACGUGAACUUGUUGGUAGACAAUAUUUUCCGACUUAUAUGGCUCCGCACUUUUUCUUGAUAACAACUGGAGCACCAAAAGCACAAAUAUUUGAGAAUCCUGCAACUGAUUUAUUUAUUUGGGCUUUAUUAACUGAACGAGCUAAUUUAGCCGAUUAUUUUUGGACACAAGUUCAAGAUCCACUUCCAGCAGCAUUGUUUGCUGCUUUACUAUUACGGCGUUUAGCAAUGAAUGCAACAUCUUUAGUGACUAGAGAAGGAAUGUUUGAAUACUCAAGAUCUUUUGAAUCAAAAGCUUAUAGUUUAUUAACUGAAUGUUAUAAUGACAAUCAAAGUUUGUCAUUUAAAACAAUUAUACUUGAAAGAAAAUUAUUCGGACGUAUGUCAUGUCUUAUGCUAGCUGCAGAAGGAAAAUCCAUGAGUUUCAUUUCACAUCAGUGUUCUGAACAAUAUCUUGAACGUGUUUGGAAUGGAAUGAUUGAUCCAAGAUCAGGAAUGUUUCCGUUUAUUGUAGCGUUAAUAAUUGGAAUAACCCUACCUCCAUUAGUACCAUUUUCGUUGAAAUUCCAAGUCAAAGAAAAUGAGGCUUGUAAAUUUGAAAUGGAUAAAAAAUCUAAAAAGCCAUCAGAUAGAAAAAUGUCUAUGGAUGCCAAAAGACCACCACAUGAAACCUCGAAAAAUGUCCAAAAUUCAUUAUCAUUAUAUUUUCGAAAGAUUCAAGGAUUUUAUUUAUCGCCUUGUGUACGAUUUUCAUAUACAACAAUUUCCUACAUUGCAUUUUUAUGCUUUUUUACCUACGUUUUAUUAUUUACUGUUGAUCUACUCUUACCUGUAUACUCAUUUCAAAAUAUUUUCUUAUAUAUGUGGGUGAUCUCAUUUAUUGCAGAACAUAUACGUCAUGGAAUGCUAGGUGAAAUUCCAUUUAAAAUAUAUUUAACAAAGUUAUGGAAAUGUUUGGAAAUUAUGGCCAUUAUUAUAUUUAUACUUGGCACAGCAUUACAACUUUUAGUAUUAACUGAAGAAGCGGAAAGAUUAUCAUUUACACCAGUGAAUCCAGUUAGUGCUAUACAAGAAGCUUUAUUGCAGUUGGCAAGAAUAUUUUAUGGACUUUCAUUGUGUAUAUUCUAUCAUCGUAUUUUAGAAUUAUUUACAGUAAAUAUACGUUUAGGACCAAUGGUUAUUAUGGUACAAUCUAUGAUUGUUCGUGAUUUAAUUCCAUUUUUGGCUUUGUUCACUGUUGUCGUAGCCGGAUUUGCAAUAUUACAAUGGGUUACUGCUUAUCAAUCAACGGCUAGCUUAGAUCCAUUAACAAAUUUAUUCACUGUGUUCAAAGCUUUACAAUUGGCCUAUUUUCAAGUGUUCGGUGAAUAUGAAAUGGAUACUUUAUCUGGUGAAGUUUUAUUGGACUCUUGUAAGAAUGAUAAAAUUAAUUGUCCAGGAGGCUGGUCCACUUGGCUAUCACCAAUACUUCUUGGUGUAUACGUAAUACUUACUCAAGUUUUACUAUUGAAUCUUGUAAUUGCUAUGUUUGCCUCUACGUAUAUGAGAAUUGAAUCAGCAUCAACAAAAUAUUGGGCAUUACAAAGAUAUCAUAUAGUAGGAGAAUAUGUAAAUCGUUCACCGAUUCCACCUCCUCUAAACAUAAUAUGGUAUAUUUAUUUAAUAAUACGUUAUAUAAUAAGAGGUUGCAGGAAAAGUCUACUGAAAAGUGAUCAUCCUUUUAAAAAAUCCUAUGAACCUGGAUCACCUCAAGAACUACGUCUUAUACAUUGGGAAAGAUUACGUUUCUGGGAUUAUGAUCGAUAUAUUAUUCAAGGCAAAAAACGUAAACAAAAAGAGAGUGGAAAAAUGGUCAGUGUCCGAACUACAGUAAUGCAGAUGAACAGAGGUGCUGAAAUUUCAUCAGAGAUAUCUGCAGCUAUCUCAACAUAUUAUCAAACAACGCAUGAUUUCCUAACAAGAGUUGAAUCAAAAACUGACAGGCUUAGAACUGUUGAAGAGAAAGUUGACAAAGUAUUAAGUUUAAUCAAAGAAUUAAACUCAAAGAAAUCACAACCAGAAGAAACACACCCUAAACCGCAAACACGCAUGGAUCCAUCUCUUGAUUCACGACUUGAAAGAAUACUUAUAACUAAAGAAAAACCAAGUAAAGUUUACUCCAGAUCAAAAUCUAGUGAACAACCAAUGAUAAAACUGGUUCAAGGAACAAGAAACAGUCAGCUAGCUGUUCUCGAAAAAGGACCACACAAAUAUGCAGGAUUUGUGCCCCCAACAGCUGAUCGCACACCUCGUCUAUUUCCGCAUCCAAUACCAUGGGAAAAACAGUCACAGAAACCAAUGUGUUUAGGCUGGAAACCUCCAGUUUACUCAAUUGAAGGAUGGACUGAACCAGGAAAUUUCGCGGAACUUUCAGAAGAAAGAAAGCUUCAGUUCAGAACACGAAUUCCUAAUGUUCCUUCUCCUGAUCCAAUAACUGGAUGCCCUAGAAAUCCUGGUGGUCGCACUGGAGUUAAUGGAAAAGGACAUUUACCUGAAUGGGGUGCAAACUCAGCUAUUAUACUAGUCAUUACAAGAAGGUCAAACGAAUGUCUAUCUGAAUCCAAAUAUACAAAAGAGGAGGCUCUUAAAGUUAUUGUUUACAAAAAUCCGUUAGGCUCACAACUACCAUGGUUUCUAGUUCAACAUCCUAUUGGUUGUGAUCAUAAAGUAUGUGUAAACGAGAUAUUUGAUAUUCUUACAAAAAGUCGUAUGAAACAUUUGGUAAAAUUGAUGCCAACAAAGAAAACAACUUUAGUAAAAACCCUGAAAAAAUUCACCAGUUUAACCACAAAAAUUGUAGGUUGAGUAUUAAUCUUAAAAUUGCUAUUUAUUAUUUCAAAUUUAAUGUAAUGAAGACUUUGCUUAUGAAAUCAGGUAAAAAGUGAUUAACUGUUUAUAUUAUAGUUAAUCAUAGAUAAUGAGCGAUUUGGAACCAUUGUGUAUCAAUCUGAGAUGAUAUACCUCACCUAUCGGUACAGCGAGAAAUGAAAUUUACAAGGUUAAAACGAAAAUAGGUGAAAACUAUAAUAUACAUGAAAAUAAAAAACAAAACGAGAGAAGUAUACUUCAAAGAAAGUAAAUGAGUUUGAAUAGUGGAAAGUAUAGAAUGACAUAAAACUCAACAGUCAAACGACGACAGCAAGCGGAUGAAGUCUCACCACUUUGGUCGAUUUCGGUUAAUGUGAUAUUACGUUUCCAAUCAUAGAUUACGACUCUCUCCUUGUUACUGGUGAUUGAGAAACUGAUUAUUUCAGCAGGAUAAAUGAACAUUUAUAAAAACACGCUAAUUAUUUUGAAAAUAUACUAAGAAAAAAUUAACCUCAGAAACUUUGAUGCAUUUUUGCCAUACAUUUCGAAUAACCUAGUCACAUAUACACUCAAGGUCUAUUGAAUAAAAAGUUGAACGAAUAUAAAAUGAUAAUUUGAAAACAAAGUAGAUGAAAAGUAAUGUGAUAUGGAAAGAUUAAAUUGACUCAUCAUCCUACGCAGAUCCAAGAUAAGGAUAAGUUUAUUUGGUACACAAAAACAAAGUUUGAGUUUUUUAAAGACCAAGGCUUUCUUAACUAAUAAUCUCCAGAUAAAACUUUUAAAGCUAUUUUAAGGUUCAAUCCCAUAAAAUGUUUUAACUAUGCAUUUUGUCAUGGGAAAGUACAGUUUUUUUGAAUCCCAUAUUUGUCAAAGCAUUUGAUUAUAAGCGAUUAUGUAUGUAUAUAUGCUCAACUACCCAUCUUAGCAUCGUAUGAUUAAUCCCACUGUUUUUGUGCACACACCUAUUACUCUUAAACGAUUGUUUGAUCAAAAGACAGAUAUCGAGUCCAAAGAACAAUUGCUAAUAAUCAAAAAAGCUCUAAGAAUGUGGUUAGUAAAAGUUGCGCGUCAGUUAAAAAAUGUUAAGCCUAAGAAAUUAAGUUAGAAAGUCAUCAAAGUUAAAUUUAUGAACAUCAUGUCAAAUUCUAAUGUAAAUGCUGGCUUGCUCAUAAAAACGAAGCAUAAAAGUGUGCAUUCAAGUAUUUGGUAAUGUGAUUGGUAUAUAGUUCAAAAUUUUUACAAACAUCGCGAGUAUAAAUACUUAGAAGUGCUUUAACAGGAUCAGAAUUUUAGAUUGGUAGCUGUCAUAUAAAUAGAUGAAAUACAAUUAUCCUAAUUUUUAUUACUUCACUUACUCAUAAAUAUCAAAAAGGAAAGUUCUUAAAAACACUGGAUAUGUUCAAAUGUUCGACUCGAAAAUUGAAAAUGCACAUUCUGCAAUCAAAGCUUCGAGUACUGAAACACUAAGUUUCGUCAUUUUAAUAAUAACACGAAAUUUAUUUCAGAAUCUAUUAAUCUUGCCGACUUGUACGUCCAUAGACAGUUACACGUAGAAGUGACUGAUAAAUCUCAGAUUGUCACCAUUAGAUAUUAUGAUUUUCAGAUACCUUUGUUUGAUUAAGCGAAUAAACUUUUUGUUUAGAUAUAUUCUGGAUAUUUGGAUGAUACAAUCAAUACAGAUAACGCCUGGAUCGAACCAACUGUGGUCCAUAAACAUAUUUCUGAUCCAUAUUUUGAUCAUGAUGAACUUAUUCAGUUACUCACUUCAGAAGGAAUUAAUGCGGUGUGGUUAGAUUCAACAAAUACAGUAGGCAUGAGAUCAAGUCAUGAGAAAAUUCUUCGACAAGUCAUAAAACGAAUACAAUCUUCCAGUACAGAAACGUUAAAAAUCGUAAAGGAAGUCAAAUUCCAUGAAGAAGAUGUGUGAUUAAAUAAAAACAAACAAAACAUCUAUCAAAUAGACUUGCUGUAAACUAGUUGGUGUCUAAAUUUUCACGUAAUUAGUUAUAAUUUUGUUGUUUCUCAGAAAACAGAUUUGAGCAUGUAUAUUCCACUAUUUUGAUAUUUAAUAGAAAUAUUUCAUUAUUGAAUUCCAAAGGAAAAAGAUUUUCACAUGAAUUUGUACAGUAACACUUCUGAAUGAAGCUGUUAGAAAUUUGUGCAGUUAAUGUGCCACGUCUAGUGGUUACCUUUUCCAUUCGAGUCGAUUAAUCCUUCUGAUAUUAGACAAAAACGUCUCUCACGUAUCACUUUUCUUGGUUGCUUAUUUUGCAUUUUAUCUAGCUAGUAUUGUAAAAGUUUAUUGAAGGAUACACCUUGGCUACUCAAAUACAUACUUUUCUUUACAGUUAUUUAACAUCAUGUAUUUUACUCUUUCUGAUUGUUUUGUUAUACGAAUACGAAUAAUUUGGAUACCAUGUUUUAUGAGCUGAGCUUAUUAUUCGUAUAAUAUCCAUUACCAGUUAAACAGUUUAACGUCUAGAACUAAUGGAUUCUUUUUAAAAAUGCUGACUUAUGCAUUAAAUACUACUAAUAGUUGGUAAAAGUUAAGCAGUAAGAUAAGCGAAAUACACAGUGGUAAUCGUGUAUUAAACGUAUAAAUUAAAACUGCAAGAGACUGUACAAACGUCACCAGGAUUUAUUUGAUCGAGAUAUGCCAGCCUUAAUGUUUGAUUUAAAUAAUAACCAUUUCUUGAUAGUGAAAACAAAGAAGUGGGAUUGGACAGAAUGUGAAUCUCAAACUGUUUUAUAUUUCACAUCUAUUUAACUGUCAAUCAUUUUGCGCAGUGCCCACACAAUGAUUCACAUUUUAUAUAGUAAGAAUCAUUAAAAUACUUUGAUCCACUUAAAAGACAUACAGGUUGUAAAGAUUUUGUUAAAAUUGUUCCCCCUCUAGUCUCAUUGAGAAAACCUCUAACUGAUGACUUAAAAUACUAAGACCUCUCAAAAACUAUCAUGAAGUAUUCCUGUGGUCCUAUAAAAUUUAAUUGACUACUGAUUUGUAACUAUUCAGCAUUUGAAACACAACAUCGUAUAUCUAGUUUUGAUUUUAUCAUUAAUAUCCUAUGAAAGCGUUGAUUAGACACCAAUUUUAUGUUCAUUAAAUUGUGUAACUGUUUUUGCUGAUACUUAACGACGAAUGCAGAAGGUUUAAUAAAUGUAUUUAAUAGCAAGGAAAUGAGACCAAAAAUUUGUUUAGCAAGAUUUUCUACCAGAAUUUCAUCGUUCUCUCAACCACGACAUCGCAAAUAUACAGGACACCUUACUAUUUAAAUUAUUUCAGUAGCUACCAAGAACUAAGCAUUGGCAAGUAACUUUAGUUUUAAUUUCUCUUUUAUAGGCAGGUAUCCUUAUUUAAGAAACAGAAACAAGCUGAUACACACCGAUCACGUUUUACCACAAACUAGAUAAUAAAUGGAUAUUACCAUAAUUCUAUUUUUCAACUCCUUCCAUAGAUUGUUUGGAAAAUCGUACUGAAUAUUAAAAAUAGGGGAAAGUGAAAACUUAUCACACUUCAGAUCAUGCGGCAAUAUAUUAAGAAAGCACUCGAUCUAAAUGAAAUUACAGUGGAAUCCCAAAACUCGACUGAAUAAAUUUUAAUCAUCACUUCGCCUUGUUGAUGCAUCCCAACAACUAAGAAAAUGAGGGUCAGGGCUUUAUAAAUUCAAAGCAUCAAGUCGUUCAGUACAACAGGCGUAGUACAAGAGUUGCGUUGGCAUGGAUUACAAAACACACUAAAUAAUUACUAGUAACCAGGACGCUUUAGGUAGACUUUUUGCAAAAUUUAUAAUCCGACAUGAAAAUAACACCUAGAUGAAAUUAUUUUUGCACAAGAGUAUGUAUGUUUAAAGGAAUUAUACUGCUCAGUAAGGUAAACAAUGCACGUUAUAUUACGACAGUGUUUUUACAAUUAGCCAUUGAAAUUACCCAGUGGUUGGUUACUAAGACAGCUGACGAGCCAUUCUUGGUGUUACUGGUUUCUACAUAAACACUCAGACAUUUUCAUUUGUCGUCUAUUGAUAAGAACUCGUUAAGGUGGACAGUGGAUAUCAGAAUGCAUACACUUCUCUUCUUAGUUGAUCGAUGUUUACACUUCAGUGUCCGCGUUUCAUUAACACCAACAUUUAAUCUGUUGAGUUACAAUUUGAUAUUACUAAAGACAUACACCAAUUUAAACCAUGAUUUGUGUUGCUGUAUUUCGAGCUCACUCAGAGUUAAUGGACUAGAACCCUAUGUUCGAUCUACUACACGUUCCGACAGACAAAUAUUAACCUUGAAUUAAGGUGUGAAGUGAACUAUGGAGAUGACGGAAUGCAAAUCAUUACCACAUACUGACGUCUUGGAUGAUGGGUUGAGCUUUCCGAAGAGCAGUUCAACUGAUCUGCUGACCUGACAACACCAACCAGACGGUCCUGCUCUCCAUGGCCAGUAACGAGUGAUCCAUAAAACGAGGUGUAAGUGCACAAGCAACACAAACUCCCGAAGCGCCAGGCCCAGAAAACUUACCUCCAACCCAUUGUUAGCGAUGGUGAAGACCUACUUAUCGAACUGACAGAACCACUUGCAUAAGUUUGAGGACUCUGGAAUGUUACAACAUCGUGAAAUGAGUCAUCAUCACGUACGUAACAACUACAUGGGAAUAAGUCUACUUCCGAUUGUGUCCAAACUGACAUCGAAUCGAGAGAAGUAAGUUGAUUUCAUUCCGGUCAAGGAUGUAUUGAUCAUAACUCUGAACUCCAUCGAAUGUCAGAACAGUCAUACUUAUUACAGGCCAAUAACCGUAGCGUUCCUUAACAUCAAGUUAUUAGACAGGAAUGUUCUCUGGGAUCGUCUAUUAGAGAAGGGUUUAUCUGAGAAGUUUAAAGGCCCUGUAUACAAACACCU